AUGCCUCCUACAAAGUUGAUUGAUAACAUCGAGCCUAUGCAUGUGCUGGAGCCCACUUGUCCUGAUGUUUCACCAAAGCCAAAUAACUUAUUCAGUGGCAGGAGAUCAACUGUUGAAACGUUCUAUAAGAAGUUUGAGGAGCUUGAUGUUUUGGAAUUUAAUCCAGUUGAAUGUCGUGUGACCGGAGAGGAGGUUCUAUACUACUGGGCUAAUGACAGGAGUGUCCAAGAGGCCCUCCAUGUGCGAAAGGGGACUAUUAAAGAGUGGAUUAGAUGCAACUAUAGCAUACUAUACACAAGAAAUGCAGGGAGCGCUGUACCAUACCACGCAAACCUCAGCACUAAAGGUUACAGAUCUCUCAUAUACAGUGGUGACCAUGAUAUGAUCUCACCAUAUUUGGGAACUGAAGAAUGGAUAAGAUCUCUAAAUUACCCAACUAUUGAUGAUUGGAGACAGUGGAUUCAUCAAGGCCAAGUUGCAGGUUAUACAAGGACUUAUGCAAAUAAGAUGACAUUUGCAACUGUAAAGGGAGCAGGCCAUGCUGCUCCAUAUUAUAAGCCAGCGGAAUGUAGAUCCAUGUUUGGAAGGUGGAUAUCCUAUCAGCCUCUCUAGUCAAUUGGGAGAUGGGUAUGAAAGUAUUAGAUCGUUUAAGAAUUCAAAAAUUUCGAGUGUUAAAUGUUAUUGCAAACGCCAUCUGAUUUCAGUUAAUAAGCAUUUACUUCAAGAGAAUGCUUUCUUGAUGAAA